CGACAGGUUGCAGUCAACUCUCAGAGUCAAACGUCUUCCCUGAGAAGUUAGAACGGACGGAGAUCGCAGUAAUCAAAUAAACAGAACAUGGCUCUCGGAUUCCUGGCCGUCUUGUGCUUGCUUCUGGCAGCAUCUGCUCACGCCUAUAUUCCGCGUGUCGGAAAGUCGCUCAAUACGAAGAGAUCAGUGAAUCAGGAUUCGCCCUUCCCAGUCUACAAUAUCUCGGUGCCGGUGGACCAUUUCUUCAAUGAGUCCAAAUACGAACCGCACACCGACGAGACAUUCGAACUACGAUACUGGUUCAACCCAGCUCACUACGAGCCCGGUGGUCCUGUAAUUGUAAUCUUGGCCGGCGAGACAUCUGGAGAGGAUAGAAUUCCAUUCAUACAAGACGGCAUUGGAAACAUUCUCGCGGAAGCCACCAAUGGACUGAGCGUGGUUCUCGAACAUCGGUACUAUGGCGAAAGCAUGCCGACGAGGAACUUGUCCACCGAGAGUCUUCGAUUCUUGACAACCCAGCAGGCACUUGCCGAUACGGCUUUCUUUGCGCGUAAUGCGGUAUUCGAUGGGUUCGAGGAUCAGAACUUGACUGCGCCCAAUGCGCCGUGGAUCUUGUAUGGCGGUUCAUAUGCUGGUGGUUUCGCUGCAUUUUCCAGGGUUCUCUACCCGGACCUGUAUUGGGGCGCAAUCUCAUCCUCGGGUGUCACCGAGGCAAUUGUGGAUUUCUGGUCCUUCUACGAAGCAAUGCGCCUCUACGGACCUAAGAAAUGCAUUUCCACGGACCAGAAGCUAGUCAAUGUCCUAGACAACAUUAUGAUCGGGAGAAAUGACAGCGGCCUGACUCGGAAACUGAAGGGCCUAUUUGGUGUCGCUGAGCUAUCCCAUGAUUCUGAUUUUGCCUGGCUGAUUGCCAAUGGCAUCGCAGCCUGGGAGAGCCUGUUCUGGGAUCCUCGUGUCAAUGACCCUGCCUUCUUCGAGUUCUGUGGUAACAUCACGGCCGGCCGUCUCUUGUAUCCGGAGACGGCUAAAAUGAAGAAUACCGCUGCGGAGUUGAUUGAACUGGGCGGUUGGGGAAAUGAGCUGUCCACUCUUACCACAAGCCUGCUCAAUCUUGUCGGAUGGGUGAAUCUCACAGAGGUAUCCCCAUGCACCCAGAGCGGGCAAACGGUCGAGCAGUGUUUCGGGCAAUUCAACGUUACCUUCUACGAGCAGGACGAUAUUAGCCAAACAUGGAGAGCGUGGCCGUAUCAGACAUGCACGCAAUGGGGCUACUGGCAAGUGGGCAGUACAGCGCCCAAGGAGAUGCUGCCACUGGUAUCGCGGACGAUCGACAUACCAUCGCAGACGUUCCUGUGCAAGGCAGCCUUUGGCAUUGACACGGAGCCGGAUGUUGACGAAAUCAAUCAGUACGGGGGCUUUGACAUUGAAGCGGAACGACUGGCGUUCAUCGGUGGAGAAUGGGAUUCGUGGCGAUGGGCAUCAACGCAGGCACCUAAUGCGAGACAACGACCAGACACGUUGGAUAAGCCUGUUUUUGUCAUACCUGAUGCGGUGCAUCACUGGGAUGAAUACGGUCGCAACCUAGAUGAGAUACGCCCAGGACAGCCACCGCUAAGGGUAAUCCAUGCUCAAUUGAAGGAAGUGGCAUUUGUUCGGGCCUGGUUGGCUGAGUGGCGCGCAUCUAGGCAGCAUGAGUGAGGCGAAGGUCAUUCUCUCUCUCCUGCAGGGAUGUAUACGGUAUAUUUUGAGUUAUUUGAGGGCAAACAGUCUCAUGUCCGCACUCUGUGCUACCUACUUGCACUAGUAUUUAAGACGAUGGCAUUCGUAGGAUAGCUCUUACAUAUGAUAGGAAUUCUGAUAGAUCUUCAGUGGCCUGUCAUUUUAUUUGUUUUUAUUUAAAUCUUUUUAUCCUCUCACCGCAACAUCUGGGGAUAUUUCUAGAUCAUCCGGGGUAGAUACUAGAAAGACAGGGAGAUCUGUAAGCAACCCGGCUCGGUCUAUUUACAAUUUUCAGAGAACUAGACAGAGUACGCCAGGGAUGAAUCCCAUUUAAAUGAAUCCGAAGACAUAAAGAGGGAAAAGAUGAGGCGAAAUGGCGGUCUCAACCGACGCCACGAUAUUAUUAUAUCACUUACAAACGUACGGUAUGAAUAUGUAAGAGAAGUAGAGUAUGAGUGAGUAUGAUAUGCACAAACAAAAUGUGGCCUACCGAGGCUGGCAUCGGUGCAUUAUGCUUCUACUACGUCCUACUCCACAGCCAGCACAUCCUGCAUAUGCAUAUACGCAUGUUACAUGGCUAUAUGCAACAGCUGCAGGUUACAGCAAGGGAG